UGUUCAGCUGGGGUGCGUCAUAUAAAAACCCCUGCGCUGUCUUUGUUUACAGUAAAGGGAAGUGAACAGCGUAACACAGGGUUCUAUUACGUUCAAACGCUAUUAUUCAAAAAGGUACACGUUAACAGCAUCGACUAGGAUCACAUCGCAGUUAUGGUGGCAAUGACGAAGAAGGUGAAAACCUUCCAAAUCACCUUAUCGGAUUCAAACAAGUCCUUCUACUGCGGCGGGGACAAGGUGUGUGGCCGAAUUGAAGUAGAGGUGAGCGACGUGACUCGGGUGUCUGCAAUGAAGAUACUGGCUCUGGGCUGCGCCAAAGUGGAAUACGCUAAAGGCAAGCAACGGUGCCGCCAGGAGGCCGAGUACUUGCGCCAUGAAGAGGUCCUGCAGCUGAGCGAGCAGCCCACAGAUUCCGAUGGCUCAGUUGUCUUAAGGCCUGGUAAUAAAUAUGAGUACAAGUUUGGAUUUGACCUUCCUCAGCAAGGGCAGCUGGUGUCUUCAUACAAGGGGAAGUUUGGUUAUGUCCAUUAUUAUGUAAAGGCCUUAAUGGAGAGGCCACAGCAACCUACUCUGGAGUGCAAGAAAUGCUUUGAGGUGGAGGAACCUCUGGACAUCAACACACCAGACCUGCUGUCUCCCACAGGUGGCACAAAGGAGAAGAAGGUCACCUGCAUGUUCAUCCCUGACGGUCAGGUGUCGCUGAAUGCAAAAAUUGACCGGCGUGGAUUCUGCGAGGGCGAAGACAUUUGUAUCAAUGCAAAGUUUGAGAACACUUGCUCACGCAUUGUGGUGCCCAAGGCCGCCAUCAUCGCGAAACAUACGUACCAGGCCAAUGGCCGCACCAAGGUCUUCCGUCAGAAGCUUUCUUCGGUGCGUGGAAACCACAUUAUCUCAGGCAUGUGUGAUGCCUGGCAGGGAAAGACUAUCAGGGUGCCAAAGAUCAAACCGUCCAUGCUUGGCUGCAACAUCAUUCGUGUGGAGUAUGCUCUAAUGAUUUAUGUCCACAUCCCAGGUAGUGAGAAGCUAAUUCUAGAGCUACCUUUGGUUAUUGGAACUGCUGGUCUUGGUAGCCGUAGCAACAGUGUUAGCAGCCAAGAGGGUUCAGUCAGCAAUGCGUCUCAGAGUUGGGUGUCCCUCAGGAUGCCCUCUGAGCCUCCAAGUUACUGUGACAUCACUAAGGACUGCCGCCUGGACCAGCCUCUUACCCCGCUGUUGGAUGAUGUUGACUGUGACGAUAGUCCCAUCUUCAUGAGUGCACCCAGCUUCCAGUUCCCAUCACCUCCAACAUACACUGAGACAGAGGAGGAGUACAAUGGGAAUUCAGUCAUGCUUCCUGUCUGCUGAAGCUCAUCAGUGGGAUCCUGGAGAUGUAUUCAAGCUCUCACUGACUAUUCUUUAACGGCACUUACCAUAUGAAAUGGGAUGGUGGAUGUGAAGCCAGGGAUAUAAAGAUAAAGAGAAAGAUUCUUGCUCAUCACCGUGCUUCAUCACAUCCAAAGUCUUCCUUCUGGUGCUUGUUGGGCAUAUGGCCUGAGGUCAUAGAUUCUGUGGCAUAUUACAUUUCUGAGUAAGAUGUUAAUUCUUAAGACUGUGGGGCUCGAGCAUCAGAUGUGUCAGACUCCAGCCAUCUAUAACUUGUUUUCUUUUAAUCAUGAAUCUCUGUCAUUCCAAUCAAAUCUUGGAUUUUUAAGAGAAUUUAGAGGAAGGCUCACUAUUUUGUUAGUGUCGCAGUACUGUAAAGAAUUUGUUGGGAACAAAUUUUUAACAGGCAUAAAAGAACCAUAAACAGCAUUCUUUUUUCCAUGUAUGCCAGUGUUUUGAGCAUCCACUUAAGCCACAUUUUAUACCACAACUCUUGACUUAAUCUUGUUUGAUGCUUGUUGGUUUUUGAUGUAAAAGUAAAAUAUUUCCUGGGGAAAAAAAUCCACUUUGUUAAAAAUGUCUAUAUUUGACUCCCAUUUAACACUGCAAGUGCCAAAAUUCAUUCAAGUGGCAACAUGCCCAGAUUGUUUUCUUGUAAAAGCACCUUAUGUGAACACAAGCUUUGUAUGUAAUUUGCAGUUGUCUAAGAAGGCAUUUCACAGUAACGUCUACUUUGUUCUCAUUCUUUAAUUUCUGAACUUUCAGGGCCCAAAAUGAGUUCGUUGUGAAAGACUGUAUAUUUGCAAUGCUUUGUGAGUUAUUUUUGUAUGGAACCCUAUGGGUCAUUUUUGGAAUAAAUAAAUGUCUAAAAUGAGGCAUAAUUUCUGCUCUUCAA